CUUUAGCUACUUUUAAUUAUGUGCAAACUAUACAACGUCAAAUCUGACUAACGCUAUGAGACCGGCAUUGAACAGGACGAAAUCCACUGUUGCGGAUUUGAAGACCCAAUUAAAUGAAAGAACGAAUGAAAUUGUUGACAUUAGUCAAAUGCCGACCUCUUGUGAAGAUCUUGAACAAAUGGGACAAAAAGUUAGCGGAUUCUUUUUGGUGAAAGGAUCAACGAAGUUAGAAGCUGUCUACUGCAACUUUUAUCCCAAUGAAAAUGACAAACAAAAAUUGAUCGGAUACGUCGACGUCAAAUCACAUCCCGUCCAUUUCUACGUCCAGAGAAGUACUGCAUUCGACACAUUAAAAACUCCGAUUACUUUCGAUUUGACGCGGCUGAACGAGGGACACUCUAUGGAAUUAAAAAAUGGGAAAUUCACGGCACAGCGGCCAGGAAUUUAUUUCUUCUCAUUCACGGCUCUGGCGGAGUUUCCAGCUUCAUCAUCUGCUGUGCAUUUAGAUGUUGGUCUUUAUUUGAACAAGGUUUGGGUCGGGACGGGUUUGGUAGAAGAGACAAACACUGUCGAAGGUCAAAACGAACAAGUGAGCAUUCAGUCGACACUGAAGUUGAAAAAGGACGAUGAAGUCUGGGUGCAGAUCGAUUCCUUGUCAGAAGGGGUGCAGUUGUUAGACAGUAAUAACCAUCACACUCAUUUCAUCGGCUUCAUGUUGGAUGAGAAAUUUUCCGAAUCCCUUUGAGUGUUGAUCAUCCGAAAUCGGCAUAAUGAUAACUAUUUUUUUUCAUUGCAUUAUCCAUCAUGGGUGGAUGAAAGGCAAUUUCAUUCGACUCUAAUUUAUUUUAAAAGGAUUAAAAUUUCUCCACAGAAAUUUCUAGGUGUAUGCAAAUAAAAUUUCUGA